CUAAAAAAAAAAACAUCACAGACCUUAAGGCUAUGUUUGGGUGCAACGGAAGUUCACAGCUUGAAGUUAUAAGAUGGCAGAUAGUAGUUAGACUAAAUAAACAUUUCUAGAUUGUCACGAUAUCCACAUCAAUUCUAUUCCUUUGAUAAUAAUACAAUGUUCUACCCUAGAAGCGUGAGAACUCAUUAUGACAUUUUAAACAAAGCGCUGUCUGAAAAGUGAAAGUUUCUGUGAGCCGUUGAUAGCCCAGUUUCAAAAACCAAGGAGGGUGGAAAUUUGGUUUUCGUUUGCAUUAGCAUCUACCAAGAGAAUAUAUUCGCUUGCAUAUACUUGAGAAUUGAGGUUUUCUGAUACAGUUAGAUCUUCCAAUUUAUCACUGAGUUUUGAAUCAAAACAAAACUGACUCAUGCAGUGAAUGAUGCGUUCCUCAAAGACAAGGCUGAUUACAAAAGCGAUGAAAAUACGAGGAAAGAGCACUUUAAAGGCAAAUCUAUCUACCGGAUCUUUUGAUGUCUCUCUAUUUGACCUCCAUUGUCCUAAAUGGCUCCAAGUCCUCCAGCUCCUUCGUGUUGACUGUGUGGGGCUUUGAUAAAAAUCUUACCGUAGUCAAUAAUAGUAGUAGUAAUGUAUCUUACUUGACCAUCUUAGAUAAUAUUUGCUCUGCUCUUGAACUCGAGCUUUAAUAGAAUAGAAUUAAUAGAAGGAUUUCAAACAAAACCGCAACUAAAACUGGUCGAGAUUAGUCGAUCUGUAUCGCCAUUCUUAUUCACCAUCUGUUCAGGAGUAACCUAGAGAAGAAAGACAAAAAGAAGAUUUCAUGCUUUUAUUCGAUUCAGGAUCUGCUCUCUUUGGGCUCUGAGAAAGUUUAAAGCUGGAAAAACUCAAUUUUAGAAUUUGCGAUCAAACAGAUGACGACAGUUUCGAGUAAGCAGCAUCUACUUAUACCGAGAACGGCAUCAUUGCAAAGGCAACAAAAUUAUUAUCAAACUGUGAAAGAAGUCAGUGACUUGCUGUGCUGGCGUGAAUGGCCAGGGAAAAUGCAAUCAUGGGAUACUGUAUUUCAAAAUAUGUCUAAUAUACUAUUUAUCUAAAAAAUCUGUUCUUUAUCGUGCAAAUGAGAUCUAUGACAGUUAACAAUUUUUUUUAUACCAGGAAUCCAAAUUAGGAAUGAUAAAAAUUAUUAGAAAAAAAUUGUGUAAAGUAGCCAUGAUGCGCGCGCUAAGUUAUCAGCAACCGCCACAUCACGGCAGGACGUCUUCAGUCUUGGUCAGAGUUGGAAACGAGAGAAAAUGUUGUGCGGAAACCAACUUAUUUUACUUUUGAAUUUUGUGAAAUUCAAUAGGUUGUGUUAGUUUUCUCCUGACGCUUCACUUUGAGUAACUAUUUUCGUAGUUAGAGUUCAAGUAAAGAGUCGGCUGUUCGAAGCAAGUCGUCUCACUACGCAUUUGGUUUCACUCGGAAGGUGCUCAUCCGACACACAUAUGACAGCAAAGACAGCCUGCUGAGAUCUAUCCACAUAGGUCAUUUAAGCUUUUCGCAGCAAUGAACGACUCUUUAAAUUCAACUGCAAGUUCAGGAAAUCUACCAAGGAAGUUUGUACCAGAGCCGUUUGCAAUGACAGUCGUAAGGCUGUCUGUUUUUGGCAUUGUAUUCCUUGCUGCCGUCAUCGGAAAUUUCUUCGUGUUUACAGCUCCUUUGGGAAAUAGUCGUCUUCGAACAUUCAGUUAUUGCCUGAUCACGAACCUCGCAAUAAGCGACUUCUUUAGUAUCCUUUGGGUUCCUCUGAUUCUUGCUACAGAAGAACUCAAGUCUGGCUGGAUUUACGGUGCAUUCCUCUGCAAGUUGAUUAAUCCAAGCCAGGUCGUAUGUGGUUUGGUGACCACGAAUGUGCACGUUGCUAUUGCAGCCGAUCGUUAUUUCUCCAUAGUUAGUCCACUUGGACACUCGUGCAGUCAUUUUAGAUAUCGCCGAGCAUUUAUAAUUGUUUCUACCAUUUGGAUUGUCGCGGUCAUUUGUUCUCUUCCGUCAUUUAUUUUCAGACAGGCUUUAAGCGUAACUUUCAAAUCUGGCAGGAAGAUUGAUUACUGCCAUGAAAUAUUUCCUCCCAUGAAUGCGGAUUCAGAGCAUGGCUAUCGUCAGAUGUACUCCGUGUUUCUUUUUCUAGUGAAUUAUGUCAUUCCCAUUUCUAUUUCUACCGUACUGUACGCAAAAAUUAUUCUUCACUUAAAGAAAACCAAGCUUGAGAGGAAAAAAUUGGGUCGAAAAUUCAGCCAAAGCAGCAGAGCGUCUACAAAGGACACAAAAGUGUAUUGCAACGAUUCAACUCAACUGGAGAGACGUUUUAUUUCCAUGGCUAUCGUCAUAAUUUUGAUAUUUUUCUUCUGUUAUUUGCCUUAUCAAGCUGUGUUUCUUCUCGCUGAGUUCACAGAAUACACUGUGUCGUGGAAAUAUGUUCGCAUACUUAUGAACGUAGUUUAUUUUCUGACGUGGCUGCCAAAUGCUUUGAACCCGAUUUGUUUCGGUGCCAUGGACCAGCGUUAUUCGAAAGCUUUCAGAAGAAUUUGUUUCGUGUUUCAAGAUAGCUCUGACAAAGAUUCCAAGAGUAAUCAAAGUGGAUCUCUGUCGAGACAAGCGCGUAAAGUGACCUACACCAACGUAUAGAUUUCUCUGCAAGUGGAAAAUUGUUUGAUUUGCCGUGACCACAAUAAUGCAACAGUUACGAUAGUGCUCAAGUUUGUUUGCGUCGUUCCCUGAUAGAAUUCCGGAUCUGGGUGUUCUGAGAGUGUUAAAAGCGAGAGGAGGGGGUGAUAAAUACUCUCUUCAUGGAAUUUCAAAGACUUCAAGGUCUCUGACAGUUUUAUCUUUGCUUGUCGUGUGAAAAGAACUCCAUCGUAGGUAUCAGCGAUUUAUGUUCCAACCUCAUCUGGUAACUACAGAUCAACGACACGCUUCAAAUCAUGCAUGAGAAAUACGUGCUGCGAAGGCUUUGUUUCUUGAAAACAUUCAUAGUUGCUUCGCAGUUGGGCAAAUCCUUUAAACUCUCCUGGACAGUUGAGAACGUCACGUUUAGCCCUUUGAGGAAUUGCACGAACUUAUAGCGAUACCUGCAUAACAUUUGCCACAAGGAGUUGUAACAAAAGUUUAAAUUAACAAGCAGCCUCAGCCCCCCUAAAAAGUACUGAAAAGACAGCCACUAACCCACCCUUAGAGCGUAUGCUACGUCUCAGAUACGCUUUCACAAACUUCAAUGUUGUUGGGUAUUGUGCUUAUUGUAACACAUAUUCUGUUCGACGGAACGUGGGCACCACUGCAAAUACACGAAAACAAUCAGCAUGUAUUUUCAUUGAAAACGAAAAUGGUUCCAUAAUUAAGUACGGGAUGAUUGAGGACGGAAAUUUAUUGCAGUUGAUGUUGAAGACUGGAACAGACUAACCGCCUCCCGGUUAGCUCGAUGGAUAGAGCGCUGGACUGUUGUGAGGGAGGUCGAGGG